GGGCUACUUUGUAUAUAAUUCAGAAAAUUUAAAGAACACAGAAACCCAUUUUCCUAAAGCACUUCAAUUCUUCUCAUACUUCUUCAUGAAGUAACAGGAAGAAUAUAUUUAUAUCUUGGUGAUUGUUUAAAAAUUAAGACGACGGAGUGUGUGGAAUUCCCCCAUUUAAACUGUGUCUACUUGAUGAUCUAAGAGAGGACAUUUAAACUGAGCUAUACAAUGAGGGGCAGUGGUUUUUGUGGAUGUUCUCUAAUUUUGAUUUUAAUUCAUCAUUCUCAUGCAUGUAAAACUGUCGACAAGGAUUUGUGUAUUGAUGAGACCCCGAAGACCUGGAGUGAAGCCUCAGAAAGUUGUAACUUGGUGGUCUCCAACACAUCACUCCAUGUCGGUGAUCCAAUCACAGAUAUCCCUGUUCCCCACAGAUCGUCUGCUCCAACCUACACGUCUAAGGAUAUUCACUGGAUAGGGGCCACAGGAACAUUCACACCAUGGUUUAAAUUUGCUGGAUGCAACAUGUAUUUUUACUUUCCAUUCAAUACACAAUGGAUGCCCAGUUUAAAGAUUGGUCCUGUUGCUCAAUGUCAUCAAUUAUGUGAAAAAUGGAGAAACACCUACAAAGAAUUCGGAAUAAACAAAACUCACUGCUUUUGUGAUGACGGUGAAAAAACAGGAAACUUAAAAAUGGUGAACUGCAAACGUCAAAAUAUAGAGAAAUUCAAGAAUGACUUAAUCGGAACUGGUGAUAAGCAGGGACAUUAUGCAUUUACCUUGUAUAGGAGAGUCAGCGUUAGCACGGAAUUAGAUGACUUACUAGGAGAGUGUUUGCUGGAGACAAACAAAGGAAAUAAGACGUAUCCUUGUGAUGCUGCAGAUAUAACAAACCUUAUGUGGGAUGAACGACAACAAAAUAAGAUUACUAAUGAUUCACUUCCAAGAUGGACCCCUUACGUACGACGACUGAUUAUAAACUGGAAGACCGGUAGCAGUGCUGUACAGGACGCUUCAGUAUGUAUUGGGGUCCGUAACCAGAAUGGAUCUUAUGAAACUCUGCCUUUGCGCUGUAACGAAACUCAUACCUCCAUAUGCAAGAAAGUUGACAUUACGACAGGUAACUAAAUAAUUUCAUCUCUUAUGUUUUCACAAAUUUUUAAUGCCCCAUACAAGAAAAAAA